AUGCAGCAGAGUCUCUUCUCUCUCGCCGCGCUCGCCGCGAGUCUGUUCUCGGCUUUGGCAACUGCCCAAUGCGCCCGCGAGACGCUUGUAGCCGCAACGAACAAACUUCUUGAGGCGCAGACCUCUGGAAAGCCAGAGGCACUGGGCCCGCUUGAGGGUGUGGCAUAUCUCGAGCAGUUCAAGAAGGCGGAUGCAACUAAGGGAAUCCUCAUUAAGCCGCUAGCGAUCGACUUCAACCGCAGCCUGCACGACACGGUGCAGUGCACAACGUACACAGAGAUGAUCUCCGCCAAGGGGUCGCAUCCCUAUGUCAUCGGCACGCAGAUGCACUUCACACCUGAGGGCGUGCUCACCAACUUCAGCUCGCUCGUGACGGACCAGGGCGACUGGCUCUUCAAUGCCACGGGCACACUCUACGUAUGCUAUCCCUGGAGUCAUCUUCUUCCUAUUCAAGACACUCAUGGAGGCCAUAAUGACCUGUUAGAGCCACAAGCCAUGUCUUGGGAGUUAACAGGACCCCUCAAACUCGCACCUUGGGCGUCGCGGGAGAAGUGGGACGUCAUUCCCGAGGACCAGCGCGAUUCUCGCGAGACUAUUAAGGCUGCCGCCGAUGCCUAUGCUGAUAUAUUCAACAACAAGACCGUCAAGGUUCCCUGGGGCACACCCUGCGCCCGCCUCGAGGGCGGUAUGUAUACGGGUAGUGGUUCUGCUAAUGAUAGGUGCGAUGUAGGAAUUCCCAAUGGUGUGAAACUGGUGAACCGUCGCUACGUGAUUGAUGAAACAAUCGGAGCAGUUGAUGUGUUUAUUGACUUUGCUACGGUUCCCGAUAGCCACGAAUUUCGGGUUGAGAAAGGCAAGAUUCGCUACGUACACACGCUUACUGUGAUGGGUGGUUGA